AUGUCAUCUUCCCCCGCGGCAUCCCGACCAUCGUCCUGCUUGCAUCAGACAUACACAAUGGCCGAACAAACCAUCCGCAUUGGCUACGUGCCCGAGCACUACCUGGCGCCUCUCCAUCUCACACUGCGCUCCCCAGCUGUCUCCUCUCUCCCUUUUAAGAUCGCUCUCACACCAUUCCCAUCCGGGACUGGGCACAUGAUCACAUCGCUACGCGGCAAUGAGAUUGAUAUCGCUAUUGGCCUGACAGAAGGAUGGGUCGCUGGUCUCGCGGGCAAGCAGCAAUCCAGCCAAAGUUCGGGAGAUGGUGGUUACAAAGUUGUUGGACACUGGGUGGACAACCCAUUGCGCUGGGCUAUUGUCACCGGCCGCAAUCGCGACGAGGUGAAUGGAGUGUCCGACUUGAAGGACUCACGGGUUGGAAUCAGCCGACCGGGAAGUGGCUCCCAUAUCAUGUCUUUCGUCCUUGCACAACAGCAAGGCUGGAAGGCUGAUUCGUUAAGCGCCGUCCCUCUCGGUCCUUUCGGUCCCCUCCGGGAGGGAGUCUCUGGCCUCAGUGAAUCAAAGCCCAAUGAAGCAGCGAACCCAACAGCAGAGUUUUUCAUGUGGGAGGAAUUCACCACAAAGCCAUACUUCCACCCUACUGCCGAGAAGCCCAGCCCACCACUCAAAAAGAUUGGCGAGAUCUUUACUCCCUGGCCUUCUUGGAUGGUCGUCGCUUCUACCAGACUAUUCCCUGAUCCCGAAACUGAUGAGCGACUCACAAGCCUCUUCCAGGCCUUUGACCAGGGCAUCAAGGACUUUGAGGCCGAUACGGCACAAAUUGUGAAGCUUCUAGGGACUGGGGAAUUAGGCUGUAAUUACAUCGAGGAAGAUGCAAAGGAGUGGCUCAAGGAUGUGAAGUUCACUAACCGUACCCGCGGCGUUGAUGACAAGAUUAUUAGAGACGUGGUGGAUGUGCUGAAGGUUGCUGGCGUCAUUGAUGCCACUCUGAGCAGUGACGAGGCUGUUCAAAGAGUCAUUGGCAUUGAAAGGUAG